AUGAAUACCACCAUUUUAUUGAUCUUCAUAUUCUUCGCUAUUCUUCCCUUUGCAUUUGGUGAUCUAAGGGUUGGAUUCUAUAGUUCUAGCUGUCCAAGUGCUGAGUUGAUUGUGCAUCGAGUUGUUGAGAGAAGUUUUAACCAAGACAGAUCCAUAACCGGUGCCUUACUCCGCAUGCACUUCCAUGAUUGCUUUGUUAGAGGUUGUGAUGCAUCCAUAUUAAUAGAUUCGCAAAAGGGAAAUCAAUCUGAAAAAGUUGCAGGAGCAAACAGGACUGUAAGAGGAUACAACCUCAUAGACGAAAUCAAAAGAAUCCUAGAAAAUGUAUGUCCAUUAACGGUUUCAUGUGCAGACAUAAUAGCAUUAGCAACAAGAGAUUCUGUCGUUUUAGCAGGUGGACCAAGUUACAAUGUCCCUACAGGAAGACGCGAUGGAUUGGUUUCAACUAUGGAUGAUGUACGACUUCCAGGACCAGAAUCCUCGGUUGCGGAUGUAUUACAAGUUUUUAAAUCAAAGGGUAUGACAAUGGAAGAAAUGGUUACCCUUUUUGGAGCGCACACCGUUGGAUUUACUCAUUGUAGUUUCAUUAAAAAUAGGAUUAAUAAUCAGAGUUUUUCGAUGGAUAAUGAUUUAAGAAAAAGGUUAGUUGAGUUUUGUGGUGUCGAAGGCAAAGACCCAGCUGUGUUUUUGGAUCAAAACACUUCUUUUGUGUUUGAUAAUCAAUUUUAUAAUCAAAUUUUGUUGGGGAGAGGUAUGUUGUCUAUUGAUCAAAAUUUGGCUUUGGAUUCAAUUUCAAAAGGGGUUGUGACAACUUUUGCUAGAAAUGGAGAAAGUUUUCAAGAGAGAUUUGCUGAUGCAAUGAUAAAGCUGGGAAAGAUUGAUGUUUUAGUUGGGAGUCAAGGUGAGAUUAGGAAGAAUUGCAGAGUUUUCAAUUUUUAG